UAUAAAAAUCGAAUAACAUCUCGCUUCUCAUUUAGUAACGUUAGGUUGAUCACAGCUAAAACUUGUGCACAUUUUAAUCGAGUGUAUCAAAGUGUAUCGAAAAGAUCGAAUCUAGGGCCUUCUAAAGAUGUCUGAUGUUCAAGCCGAUGUACCACCAGCCGAUGCACCACCAGCUGACGCACCACCUCAAGCCGAAGGUAACGAAGGAGAUGAAGUGCCACCUCCAGUUGAAGGCGGUGAACCAGCACCACCAGCAAUAAGUCAACCAUCAGAAAAUCCAACAUUUACAUUGUUCUAUUUCAAUGUAAAAGCAUUGGCCGAACCUGUUCGUUUCUUGUUCGCAUAUGGAGGUCAAGAAUAUGAGGACGUUCGUGUGACACGUGAUGAAUGGCCAGCUUUAAAACCAACAAUGCCAAUGGGCCAAAUGCCAGUGCUCGAAGUAGAUGGACAUCGUGUGCAUCAAAGUAUUUCAAUGGCCCGCUAUGUGGCGAAACGUGUUGGAUUGGCCGGAUCGAAUGAUUGGGAAAAUUUAAUAAUUGACACAGCCGUUGAUACGGUCAAUGAUUUUCGCUUGAAAAUUGCUGUUGUCUCCUACGAACCUGACGAUGAAGUGAAGGAGAAGAAAAACAUUACACUAACAACAGAGGUCAUUCCAUUUUACUUGGAGAAAUUAGAUUCGAUCGCACAAGAAAACAGCGGCCACUUGGCACUCGGACGAUUAACUUGGGCUGACAUUUACUUUGCUGGUAUAUUGGAUUAUCUCAACUACAUGGUUAAAAUCGAUUUGAUUGAAAAAUAUCCCAACUUGAAGCGUGUCGUUGAAGGUGUCACAAGUUUGGAACAAAUCAAAGCAUGGCUGGAAAAGAGACCACAAACUGAUGUUUAAACGAAAAGAAAUUGAAUAACAACCUUACUUCAAAAUUCACCACAUUUUAAUAUAAACGAAAAUAAUGUUGCACAAUCCAAACAUGUAUUUUUACAUAUAUCCACAUUUAUUUGCAUUACGAUUUAUUUGUCACCUCCAAUUACAAUUGAUUUAAAAAAGAGAGAAAAAUGAAAUAAAGCACAAUAAUUAAAAA